ACUUUCUCAUCCCAACCAUAUUUUCAAUCGGAGAAUGUUCCGGCCAUAGCUACCUUCUGAUCUGCAGUCUUCAUCAUCUUUCGGACUCCAAUUGUUGAUAAUUUGCCAUUUCAUUAACUGAAAACAGGAAGCAGCAGAUGAGUGGGGCGAGACUGUGUUCAUUAUUGGGGGAAUUGGGGUACGAAGGUCACGGGGCACUUGAUCCAGACAGCUUUGAAUGGCCUUUUCAGUAUGAAGAUGCUCGCCCUAUACUUGAUUGGCUCUGCUCCAGCCUCCGUCCCUCUAAUGUCCUAUCUGCCUCUGAACUUUCCCAGUAUGAACAAUUUAUACAAGAUGGCAAGCUUUUGGAGGGAGAAGACCUAGAUUUUGCUUAUGAAAGCAUUUCAGCCUUUUCAACAAGGAGAGACAAUCAGGAGGCAGUGUUUGGAGCUGAAGAAGGACUAAAAGACAUACGGGAUUCUACUUUAGCUUAUAAAGCAGAAGCUCUGGAGCUGCAGAGACAACUUGGGCAUCUACAGUCUCAGUAUGACAUGCUCAGUACACAGUCUUCGGCUUUGAUUCAAGGGAAAAGGGCAAGAGUUGCAUCAACAUCUACUGUCAAUGGACUACUAAAUACCAUAGAUGAUAGUCUUUCAGCAAGAAAUUUAGAGAUGAAUGCAGUUCUUGGACGGCUUGCUUCUACAGCGCAAGAGUUGGCUCACUUUCAUUCAGGGGAUGAAGAUGGCAUCUAUUUGGCAUACUCCGACUUUCAUCCAUACUUGCUUGUUGAUUCAUCUUGUAUGAAAGAGUUAAACCAAUGGUUUGUUAAGCAACUAGACACGGGUCCUUACCACUUGGUGGCAGAGGAGGGAAAAUCCAAAUGUUCAUGGGUCAACCUUGAUGACAUCUCCAAUACCUUAGUGCGAGCGGACUCCCAAAAAUCACAACAUCAACGCGUAUCAGAAUUGCAAAGGCUUCGCUCCAUAUUUGGAACUAGUGAAAGACAGUGGGUAGAAGCUCAAGUUGAGAAUGCAAAGCAGCAAGCUAUUUUGCUGGCACUUAAAGGUCAAGUGACUUCAGAUGAAGCUCACAUUCACCUCGAUCUUCAUUCACUUAGGAGAAAGCAUGUUGAAUUGGUUGGAGAGCUUUCAAAUCUACAUAACAAAGAGGAGAAGUUGUUAUCUGAGACUAUUCCUGAUCUAUGUUGGGAGCUGGCUCAGCUACAAGACACAUACAUUCUGCAAGGUGAUUAUGAUUUAAAGGUUAUGCGGCAAGAAUAUUAUAUUCAACGUCAGAAAGCGUUCAUAAGUCAUCUCAUUAACCAGCUUGCAAGGCAUCAGUUUUUAAAAUUAGCAUGCCAAUUUGAAAAGAAGACAAUGCUUGGAGCAUAUUCAUUACUCAAAGUUAUCGAAUCCGAGCUGCAAGGUUACCUAUCAGCAACCAAAGGACGAGUGGGCCGUUGCAUGGCAUUAAUUCAAGCAGCAUCCGAUGUACAAGAACAAGGAGCAGUUGAUGACCGAGAUACAUUUUUGCAUGGUGUCAGAGAUCUUUUGAGCAUCCAUUCAAAUGUUCAAGGUGGUUUGUCGACAUAUGUAUCGGCACCGGGAUUGGUGCAGCAGAUAUCCAGCCUUCAAUCAGACCUGACGGCCUUGCAAUCCGAUUUAGAUAAUUCUCUUCCAGAAGAUAGAAGUAGAUGCAUCAAUGAGUUGUGCACUUUUAUCCAAAGUUUGCAACAGCUACUAUUUGCAUCCUCCACCACUGCACAGCCAAUUUUGACACCCCGGACUCUAAUGAAAGAGCUAGAUGAGAUGGAAAAGGUGAAUGCUCGGCUGUCUGCUGCAGUAGAAGAAGUAACACUCGAGCACUGCAAGAAGAAUGAGAUUGUAAAGCAUCAUUCACAAGAAAUGGGACUUCAAAGGCAGGUUUUUGUGGAUUUCUUCUGCAAUCCUGAUCGUUUGAGAAAUCAAGUGAGGGAACUAACAGCGCGAGUCAGGGCUUUACAAGCAUCAUAAUUCCCUAUUCAUUUGUGAAUACAUAGACACCAAAGGAAGGGGUUUCUUAUGUAAAAGAUGAUGGCAUUUCUGUGAUGUUAGCUGCAUGUAUUGUCCAUUAUUCUAAUGCAACUUCACCUUUCGUGC